AACCAGUAAUCUUGACUGUGGAGUUUAGUCUUGGGAGAUUGACAGUCUUGGGAAAUAAAUAUCUCAGUAAACAACCUUAUUCAAAAGACAUGUCUUCUCGCAAGAUCGCACUCGUGUCUGGGUCAAACAAGGGACUCGGGCUCGCGAUUGUGCGGGCGCUCUGCAAACAGUACGACGGAGACGUGUACCUGACGGCGCGCGACGUCGCUCGCGGGGCGGCGGCGGUCGAGGCUCUGCGCGCGGAAGGUCUGUCAGCCUUGUUCCACCAGCUGGACGUCACCGAUCCAACCAGCGUGCGCACGGCGCGGGACUUCUUCAGAGGGCAGUACGGGGGUGUAGACGUUCUCAUCUGCAACGCAGGCAUCGCGUUUAAAGUGGCUGAUACGACACCCUUCGCGAUCCAAGCUGAGGUGACACUGAAGACGAAUUUUUUUGCCACCAGAGAUAUGUGCAAUGAGUUCCUGCCCAUUGUCAAACCGGGUGGAAGAGUGGUGAAUAUUUCCAGCAUGUCAGGUUCCAUGGCUCUGCACGCCUGCAGCCCGGAGCUCCAGGCGCGUUUUCGCAGCGACGACAUCACAGAAGAGGAACUCGUCGGGCUGAUGGAGCGCUUUGUGAAGGACACUCAGGAGGGCAGUCACUCCAAGAAGGGCUGGCCCAAUUCUGCCUAUGGAGUGUCUAAGUUGGGCCUUACCACCCUGACCCGGAUCCAGGCCAGGAGGCUGAUGGAAGAAAGACCAGGAGAUGGGAUCCUGUGCAACGCUUGCUGCCCAGGCUGGGUCAGGACAGACAUGACAGGGUCCAAGGCUCCAAAGUCGCCAGAUGAGGGCGCUGUCACCCCAGUGUAUCUGGCCUUGCUGCCAGCUGGGGCAAAGGAACCCCAUGGGCAGUUUGUGUCAGAUAAGGAGGUACAGCCUUGGUGAAGGUGUGAGUGUGUGUUUUAAAUAUUACUCCAAAGGGUACAAACAACCUCUCCUCCCUUAAUACAAAAUGAAAUAUAAUGAAACAAAAAUAUUAUAAUCAGAAUAUUGUUAAAUUCACGAUUUAAUUUUCUCAUAAGACUUGGUGCUUUGUUAAUUUUUUUCCCCUUCAAACCGCAUUCCUGGCUUGUGGCUGUAAACGAAAUAAAACAUUUUCAUAUAUAUGUA